CUGACUUGCCCAAGUGGGAGUUACUGGGAACUUGGCAGAUGGAGUUAUGCAUGUCUUCAUGUCUCUCUUUUCCUGCUGUGGCAGUCAAAACUUCCAACUUCACAGAAGCUACUGACAUAAGUCAGAACGUUUAAGAACUGCAUCACCAGAAAAAUAAGAGUGAGGAUAGAAAAAGAGGAAAUUCAAAAUGAAACAAGCGUGGAACACAACUUGCCCAAAUUGGCUGGUGGCAGAGGCUGUCCUGGAAAAGUAUUACCUUUCCAUUUUUUAUGGGAUCGAGUUUGUUGUGGGAGUCCUUGGGAACUGCAUUGUUGUUUUUGGCUACCUCUUCUGUCUGAAGAACUGGAAAUGCAGUAACAUUUAUCUCUUCAACCUCUCUAUCUCGGACUUGGCUUUUUUGUGCACGCUUCCUAUGCUGAUUAGAAGUUAUUCCAGUGGAAAGUGGAUAUAUGGGGACCUGUUGUGUAUAAGCAACCGAUAUGUGCUUCAUGCCAAUCUCUACACCAGCAUUCUUUUUCUCACUUUUAUCAGCAUUGAUCGAUACCUGCUCAUGAAGUAUCCUUUCCGGCAACACUUUCUACAAAAGAAGGAGUUCGCUGUUUUAAUCUCUUUGGCUAUUUGGGUUUUAGUAACCUUAGAGCUACUGCCCAUACUUCCCCUUAUAAAUCCUAAUAUAGCUGCCAAUGGCACCUACUGUACUGAUUAUGCAAGUUCUGGGGACCCCCAAAACAGCCUCAUCUAUAGCCUGUUCCUAACCUUCUUGGGAUUCCUCAUUCCUCUUUUGGUGAUGUGCUUCUUUUAUUUCAAGAUUGCUCUUUUCCUAAAGCAGAGGAGCAGGCAGCUUGCCACUGCUUUGCCCCUUGAAAAGCCUCUCACCUUAGUCAUCAUGGCAGUUGUGAUCUUCUCCAUGCUUUUUACUCCCUACCACAUCCUGCGGAAUGUGAGGAUUGCUUCACGCCUGGAGAAGUGGAAGGAGUACCGGUGCACUCAGGUCGCCAUCAACUCCUUCUACAUUGUGACUCGGCCUUUGGCCUUUCUGAACAGUACCAUCAACCCUGUCUUCUAUUUCCUUAUGGGAGAUCACUUCAGGGAGAUGCUGAUGAGUAAACUGAGGCACCAGUUCAAAUUCCUUACAUACAUUAGAAGGUGAGGUCCUGGACUGAUGUUUCCAUGCAGCAAAAAGUGAGAUGCUUGUGUAACAGAUUAUUUUAUAUGUGC